CGAUUGCAUAAUACUGCGACCAACAUGGCUGCCAUGAUGCCUAGCGGAACAGCUUCCGCGAACCCAUACGAACACUACGAUCAGGAUCCACUUGAAGAUGACCUUAUCGACCCAGAUGAUGUUGCUAAUUUUGAGAANGCUGCUUUGGAUCUCGAAGACCCUCUUGCAUCAUCCUCCGACCGAGCACCCCUGACCGGCAACAUCCAGCAACCAUCCGCUCGCGCGCAAAAUACUCAGUCCUACCUUAACAACACUAUCGGUGGUGAAGACCGUAGAGCACCUCAAAACACUAUCGACGAGAGUGUUUGGGAUACCCUGUCACGAGACUUGCUCGCCAUUUGGGAAAAGAUGCGACAAGUGCUCUAUCCCAAGUAUCUCCUAGGUGGUUUGCUUNNCCAGCGUGGUGGAGGCAUGGGUGGUGCAGAAAGAGCUGAGGGAGACAGUCUUAGCGGUGGUGGCUUGAACGGACUGGUUGGCAGAUGGCCAGAUGCAGACGCAGUUCUGCAGAGCGGCAUGAGCGAGGGGUUGAGGGAUUGGGAUCUUUGGGGCCCUCUUGUUUUCUGCUUACUCCUUAGUUUCCUUCUCUCGCGCGGCGCCCAGGAUGAGCAGAAGUCGAUAGUCUUCUCUGGAGUCUUUGCUACUGUCUGGAUCGGCGAGGCCGUUGUCACACUGCAAAUCAAGCUUCUAGGCGGCAGCAUUUCAUUCUUCCAGUCAGUGUGUAUUAUAGGGUACACUUUGUUCCCACUUGUCAUCGCAUCACUGCUCAGUGCGAUUGGUCUACCAAUGAUUGCGAGAAUCCCUGUGUACAUUGUGCUGGUCGCAUGGUCACUGGCUGCAGGUGUCAGUAUCUUGGGAGGCUCUGGCGUUGUCAAGAAUCGGGUCGGCAUUGCAGUCUUUCCUCUGCUCGUCUUCUACAUUGGCUUGGGAUGCCUGUGUUUCAUUAGUUAG